GCUGCAGAACAGAACAUGGGAAGCGCAAAGUUAGCCAAGAAGAGAGCUGGUCAGGGAGAGGAGAUUUCUCCAACCCCGACCCGAAGGAACAUCAUGGGCUGUAGAAUUUCUCCCGGGCAGAAGGAGGGACAUGAGCCCAUCACACAGUGGAAAGGAACUGUGCUGGAUCAGGUGGCUGUAAAGACCUCUCUCCACCUGCUGAAAUGCGAUGGCAUUGACUGUGUCUGUGGACUAGAAGUUAACAAAGACAAGAGGGUACUGUGCCUUAAAAUUCCUUCUGACAGGGUAGCAUCAUCCCAAGUCACUGACACCAGCCUUCUUGAUGCCAUCAUUGGCAAAGCAGUGGAACAUGUAUUUGAGGGUGAGCAUGGCGAUGAGGGUGAUUGGAGGGGCAUGGUCCUGGGCCAAACUCCUAUCUUGGAUGCCAGCUUUUAUAUAACCUAUGAGAAAGAUCCUGUGCUGUACAUGUACCAGCUUCUAGAAGACUAUAAAGAGGGCGACCUCUGGAAUUUGGCAGGGUGCAAAAAGCCGCCUCAUGUAGUCAUCAACCUUGUGCGGAUGGAUGCCCUUAUACGCAAACACGUGGGGUACACCGACGACGAUGCCUCCAAGAGAACUGGCAUGGUCAUACACCAGGCUGAAGCCGAGCCCAGUGUGUACUUAGUUAAGUUUGAAGAUAUUGUCUGUGACUUGGCAAAACACUUCCAAGCAUUUCACAAAGCGUCAAACAGCUUAACAGAAACGUUGCCCGCCUGCUGCCUCCCCAAGCACCAGCCCAGGCUGCACUAUGCAGAGCUCUUCUGCACUUUGCUGCUCACAGAGGAGGAGCAGCCCUGUGCCCUCAUCUCAGAGAGCUUCCUGCCCACAGUCCCCCCAACUGCAUGGUUGUAUGACUCCGUCAGAACAAGUUCUGGGGCACUGAAGGGCAUUGAAGGGUUCUGA